AAUCUUUCGGAGCGCGUGUUUGUUUACAUAAUAUUUUGUAAAGGUUAUGUGCUGGUUGUCGAAUAUGUUUACGAAAGGAACUAAAUGUUGCGUUUUUAUUGAGUUUGCUUCAAGGAAUAUAAGUACUGCUCCGUUAAGGAGGAGCAAAGGGAAGGUAUUAGAAGGGCGUCACGAAGUUCGUGUGAGAUUUGCACCUAGUCCCACCGGUCAUCUCCACCUGGGAGGUUUGAGAACAGCUUUGUAUAAUUACUUAUUUGCGAAAUCGCACAAUGGACAGUUUGUACUUAGGAUAGAAGAUACUGACCAAAGUAGGCUUGUGCCAGAGGCAGCAGAAAAACUAGAAAAAGACCUUAAUUGGGCUGGUAUUGAGCCAGAUGAAAGUCCAUUACAGGGUGGUCCAUAUGGCCCGUAUAAGCAAUCAGAGAGACUGAAUUUGUAUAGGAAACAUGCAGAAUAUUUAUUAUCUUCUGGGAAAGCAUACCCAUGCUUUUGCACUGAACGGCGCCUCGAAUUACUGCGAAAAGAGGCGUUGAAAGCGAGGCAAGUUCCACGAUAUGACAAUAAAUGCCGUCAUUUGUCAAACAGUGAGGUUGGUGAGAGACUAGAGCAAGGUACUCCUCACUGCAUUCGGUUCAAGCUGUCACCUACAGAUCCUUUUUUAGAUCUAAUAUAUGGUGAAAUUUCAUAUGAUUUGACAAAAUCUGAAGGUGAUCCUGUAAUUAUGAAGGCCGAUGGCUAUCCCACAUACCAUUUUGCGAAUGUUGUUGAUGAUCACUUUAUGGAAAUCUCUCAUGUUUUGCGAGGUGUAGAAUGGCAGAUUUCAACAAGCAAACACAUAUUAUUAUACAAAGCAUUUGGUUGGCGGCCACCACUGUAUGGUCAUCUUCCUCUGAUUAUGAAUAAGGAUGGUACAAAACUGUCUAAGCGCCAAGGUGACAUAACUGUAGAGUAUUUCCAGAAAGCUAAUGUCUUUCCAUUAGCAUUAAUUAACUACAUUACAAGUGCAGGUGGUGGAUUUGAAAGAAAUAUGGAUAAAGUGAAACCACAGAUAUACUUGAUGCAAGACCUGAUAAAUCAGUUCUCCACAACUCGAAUUAAUCCCAAUUCUUGUCGCUUGGUGCCAGAAAGACUGGAAGAGUUUAACAAACUAGAACUGCAACGCAAACUUAGAAAUGAAGACGAGACCAAAGUAUUGAUUGAGAAGGUGAAAGAUAUCAUCUCAGACACAUUUAAAGACAGAUUAGAAAACACGGUCUUACAGCUGGAUGAUAGCCACAUUAAAGCAGUACUGUUGUGGAGUCAGAACCGUAUUCAUAGUAUUACUGAUCUGACUGGUAGUGACAUGGCAUUCCUGUGGACACUACCAUCUUCUUCCAGUCUUCAAAGUUCAACAACCGAAGUGUUGAGUCAAGGUAUUCUUCAGGAACUAAUAGCGUACCUGUCAAAGGAACAAUUGAAAGAUGAUUUCCAGAAGAAUAAUUUGAAAGCACUGCUACGAAAAUUUGCAUCUGAGAAAAGGAUAUCCUUCAGUAACUUCAUGAGAGUUCUCCGGCAUAUUCUUAGUGGCUUAAAGGAAGGUCCAGGUGUUGCUGAGAUGAUGGAAAUGCUUGGACCAGAAAGGACGGUUUCCAGACUGCAACAUGCUUUACCUUUGCUGAAACAGGAAUGAUUCUGUUGUUUCUCAUAUGUGUGAUUCAUGAUGUGAUCAUGUGAAUGGAAUGAUCAAAAAUCUAAUACAUUGAUUUUCAUUGGACAAUAACAGUAACAUUAAGUUUUCAGCAGUAACAGUAUCUGAGUACCAACAUUAUUGUUAUCGUGAUAUAGUAAUACAGCAAAGAAAACAAAGCUCUCCAGCAGCUUUCUAUAACUUACUCAUUGUAAUAUUCUGUUCAUUACAGACAUUUUAUGUAUAUGUGAUACAA